AUGGAAUUGUACGAAGAGUUAUAUGGUUGUGAUGACUUAUUUAAUGAAGAAAUUACAUGUAAUCAAAAAAAAUUUUGCGAAAAAAAUGACUUAGUUGAUAAUGGAAAUACUGAAAAUGACAGCUAUGUAAAAAAUAUAGAUUUAGAUAUAAAAAAUAAUAUAGAAAAAAUAUCUACGAAAUAUUUAUUUUUAUAUAUAAAUAAAUUUAAAGAAAAAAAUAUAAAAAAUGAAAAUAACUUGUAUGUUUUAAAUUUUUAUGAUAUACAUUUAAAAAAUGAUGAUAUCAAUAUAUUAGAAACUAGUAAAAAUAUAAUUGAUUAUUGCAUAACAGAGAUAAUAAAUAAAAGAAAUAGAAGUAACAAGGAAAAUGAUAUAAAUGAGAAUUGUGAUAAUUCUUUAAAAGAAGAGAAUUUCAAAAGUUUUAAUAUGAAUAAGUAUUAUUUAUUUAAAAUAUAUGAAAUUAUUUUAAAAUAUUUUCCAUUUAGUUUUAAAAUUUGGUACAGUUAUCUGAAAGACAACAUAGAAAUGAUAACAGAUAUAUAUUAUGAUAAUAAAAGAGAAUAUAAAAGAAUUAAUUCAAUAUUUGAUAAAUGCCUUUUAUAUAUGUAUCAUUUUAAAUCUAUAUAUAUUAUGUAUAUCCAAUUUUUAUUUAUACAAAGAGAUAUUCAAAAAAUAAGGGAAAUAUUUAACCGCUCUUUGCAGAAUGUUUUUUUAAAUCAGCAAGAAGAUAUUUGGUAUUAUCAAUUAAAAUAUAAUGAAAAAAUUGAGAAUAAAUUAAUUAAUUAUGAAUAUAUUAAAAGAUAUGUAACAAUUUAUCCUGAACAUAUAAUUUUGCUAUUUAAUCAUUAUGUUAAAUAUAAAAUGUAUAAGCAUGCUUUGAGCACUUUUUUUUAUAUACUAAAUUGCGAAGAUACCUUAGAAUUAGGAAAUAAAUCAAAGUAUGAUUUAUAUAAAGAAAUUUUUAAUUUAAUUAGUACUACUAAAGUAUUAAAUAAUGAUGUUAUAGAAAUAUUAAGAAAAAAUUUAAAUAUUUUGAAAAAUUAUGAAAAUAUAACUUCUAUAUAUAUACUAUUAGCUAAUAAUUAUGUUUAUGAAGGAAGAUGGAAUAAAGCAAUGGAUAUAUACGAAGAGGGAAUAUCUGAAUGUUACACUGUAAAUGAUUUUUCUAAUCUUUUUGAAAAUUAUAUUGAAACGUUAAAAAUAUUAAUAGAUUUAAAAAUAGAUGAACAAGAAAAGAGAAAAAAGAAAGAAAGGAAUGUGGAGAAUGAGGAAGAAGAUGAAUAUGAAGAUGAAGAAAAUGAAGAUAAAGAUGAAGAUGAAGAUGAAGAAAAUGAAGAUAAAGAUGAAGAUGAAGAAAAUGAAGAUGAAGAAAAUGAAGAUGAAGAAAAUGAAGAUGAAGAAAAUGAAGAUGAAAAUGAAAAUGAUGGUAAGAAAAUGCAUAUUUCUGCUUCAUCAAAUGAUAAAGAAUUACAAAAAUCAAAAAAGAUUGAUGAAAAUUUUGUGAUUGAUUUAUAUAUAGAAAAAAUAAAUUAUUUGCUUGAUAAAAGAAAAAUUUUUAUAGCCGACAUUAAGCUAAAGAAUAAUAAAAAUAAUGUAUAUAUUUGGUUAAGUAAAAUAGAUGCUAUAGAGGAUAAGGAUGAAAAAGUUGAUUUAUUUAAUAAAUGUUUAAAAUAUUUUGAAGAUAAUGAUUAUUCUGGAAAACUAAGUGAUAUAUAUAUCAGUUAUGCAUAUUUCCAUUAUAACAAUAACAAUUAUGAUGAAUCAAAAAAAGUAUUUCUCAGAGCAAUAAAAGAAAAAAAUUUUAAGAAUUUAAAUGAAUUAGCUAGUAUUUUUUGUUCUUGGAUAGAACUAGAAUUACUUCAAAAAAAUUAUAAAGAGGCAUUAAAUAUAGCAAGAUUAUCUAUUGAUAUUAGUAGAGAUUCUUAUGCAAAAGGUUUACAAAAAAAAAAUGAACAAACAUUAAAUAAUCUUAAUGAAAAAAUGUAUACAAAUUUUAAUUUAUUAAACUCUAUCAAAUUAGUAUGUUUAAUAUUAGAUAUGGAAAUAAAUUUCGGUACUGUUGAAACAUCUUUAAAUAUGUUUGAUCUUUUAUAUCAUUCUAAAAGCAUUACUGUUAAAAUGGUUUUAUCUUUUUCUAAUUAUCUUUAUGAACAAAAAUAUUUUAAUGAAUGUUUUAAAAUUUAUGAAAAAGCUAUUUCUAUUUUUCACUAUCCAUAUAUAUAUCCAAUUUAUGUUAAUUAUAUUAAUAAAUAUAUUGAGAGGUACAAAGAUAAAAAUAUUUCGUAUGUACGUGAAUUAUUUAAGCAAGCUAUUUAUGGAAUGGACAAUAAGACUUAUAUACCUAAAGAAUUUGCAAAAUAUAUCUUUUUAAUGUAUGCAAUAUUUGAAGAGAAUUAUGGAUUUCUAAAAAAAUCCUUAAGUAUUUAUAAAGAAGCUAUACCCUUUUUAGAAGAAAAUGAUAAAAUUAAAUUUUAUAAGAUAUUUAUUUCUAAGGUUUCUAAAUCAUAUGGAAUACACAAGGCUAGAGAAGCUUUUGAAGAAGCAAUUCAAAUACUAAAAGACGAUGAUGCUAGAGAAAUAUGUAUGUUAUAUAUUGAUAUGGAAUAUAAGUUAAAUGAAUAUGAACGUGUCAGAGCUCUUUAUAUAUAUACAGCACAAUUUACUAAUCCUUUAGCACAUUCAGAUUUUUAUCAAGCAUGGAGAGAAUUCGAAGCACUUCAUGGAAAUGAAUACACAUUUAGGGAUAUGAUAAGAAUCAAAAGAAGUGUAUUAAACAUUUUUUCUAAUUCUUGUAAUAAUAUUAAAGAGAUAGAAAAAAACGAAAAAUCUAGCAUAAAUGGAAUAGAAAGUACAAAAAGAAAAUUAAAAGAAAUGAUUGAAAAUGAAGAACAGAUUCAGAAAAAAUUAAAAAAUAAAUAA